UUCUGGCCCCGGAGUCCACGAGGGGCCGCAGUUGCCGCCCCGCCCCCCUCUCGGCGCCGGCCCCAGGGCUCCGCCUCGGGGUGGGACGGGAUCCCAGACCCCCAGCCCCGGGACCCCUGCCCUGCGGCCCGGGCCUGGGAUGGAGGCGCCGACGGAGCUGCUGGCCGCGCUGCCGUUCUGGGGGACCGCCUUGGCACUGCUGCUCGCCUCGCUGUGGCUCUGGCGGAGCCGGGCUCGUGCGCUCCGGGGCUCCGAGGUUCGUGCUCCCUUAGAGCAGGCCCGGCCCUCCGCGGGCGCCGAGGAGGCGCGGACUCGAGGACCGACACGGUUCGAGCUAGAGGAGCCUCGGGCGGGGGCAGGAAAGGAGGAGGAGGAGGAGCAGCAGCAGCAGCAGCAGGAGGAGGAGGAGGAGGAGGAGGAAGAGGAAGAAGAGAGACAGGAAGAAGAGCCAAACUCUGAUAGUAAGAAGAUGCCACUACCAGCUGAACUAGAAGAGGAAGAUGAAAAGGAGGCAUUUUCCUUUAAAUAUAGUCCUGGGAAACUGAGAGGAAAUCAAUACAAAAAGAUGAUGACCAAAGAAGAGUUGGAAGAAGAGCAAAGGAUUGAGCUGACCUCUGACUUCACUUGCCUGUAGCAAGUACCUUAGUUCUGCACCACAAAUACUCUCCCAAAACUUUUUGAGUUAAAAAAGAACAGCUGGCUGCCAUCUUCAAACUCAUGAAGGACAACAUGGAGACUUUUGGUGAGAUGUCUGAUGGAGAUGUACAGGAACAGCUCAAGCUUUAUGAUAUGUAGGAUCAAAAACAGCAGAGGUCUCCCACGGCUACUGCCUUACGCUACAACAAGACUUUGAAGAUAAUUGUACUGUGACUGAUUUUAGAUUAGAAACUCUGGUUUUCAGAUUGUUGUAGGUUUAAAUACAUAUAUAUGCAUAUAUGUGUAUAUCUUCUUGCAUAUGCUAUUUAUAUCUCAUCUCAUAGGGAUCCGUAAUACUUCCCAUAGAGGAGGAAGAACGGGCAGACCCUGUUAGUUGAGUUUCCCUCCCUGCUUCUUCUUGUUGAGGUUUGGACUACGUGACAUAAUUAGUCCACACACCUUAUCUUCUGACUUGAGCUAAGAAAUUCCUCAUUAGGCCCAAGACAGACAUUAACAAUACAGGACCAGACUAGAUGAUGCUAGAGUAGGGCUGACCCAGAGCCCUAAGUAAGCUGUUUGAGAGGAUGUAUGGGGUGCUGAAGGAUAUCUUUACUAUUGACAUCCUUCUAAGGCUCUUAUAGGGUUAGGGCCUAAGAAUUUUUUUUGAGGGUCUGAAGUCCAUUUGUUCCUAGAUGGUCUAAAAGUCUAUUUCAAAGACUCAUCAUCCUUUGUGGAUCAAAAUAAAGGUACUAGAAAUGA